CAGUAUGCUCAUCCCUAGGCUGGGUGCAACAUGGCUGCAGUCGCUGGGUUUUCUACCUCUUUACUGAUUUUGCAUUUGUAUUUUUGGGGGAUUUGUGUAAAAGCAGAUGAACUAAACAGUGAUGAAGAAAUUCUCCCUGAAUCCUCCAUACAAAAGCCCAGUGUUCUCGUUGCCAUCAUUGCAAGGAAUUCCGCACACACUCUGCCUUAUUUCCUGGACUGCAUUGAUAAACUGGAUUAUCCAAAGAGCAGGAUUGCUAUAUGGGCAGCAACAGAUCACAAUGUAGAUAACACUACAGCUAUUUUAAGAGAAUGGUUAAAGAAUGUACAGAAAUCUUAUCAUUAUGUGGAGUGGAGACCGAUGGCAGAACCCCAAUCUUAUCCUGAUGAAUUUGGACCAAAACAUUGGCCAGCCAGCAGAUUUUCUCAUGUAAUGAAACUUCGACAAGCGGCGCUGCGCACUGCACGGGAAAAGUGGUCUGAUUAUAUAUUGUUUAUAGAUGCAGACAACUUUUUGACCAAUCCCCAGACACUGAAUCUUCUUAUUCAAGAAAACAAGACAAUUGUAGCCCCAAUGCUGGAAUCGCGGACCCUUUACUCUAAUUUCUGGUGCGGUAUGACCCCUCAGGGUUACUAUAAAAGGACCCCUGAUUAUGUUCUCAUACGAGAGUGGAAGAGACUUGGCUGUUUCCCGGUUCCAAUGGUUCACUCAACAAUGCUCAUCGAUCUCAGGAAAGAAGCGUCCGCAGAUCUGCAGUUCUAUCCGCCUCAUGAUGAUUUUACGUGGACGUUUGAUGACAUCAUUGUAUUUGCGUUCUCCUGCAGGCUGUCGGGAAUACAAAUGUACAUCUGUAACAGAGAGCACUAUGGAUAUCUCACUGUGCCGCUGAAACCACAUCAAAGCCUGCAGGAAGACAUUGAGAAUUUUAUUCACGUACAGACAGAGGCAAUGAUUGAUCGUCCACCUCUAGAACCAUCUCGUUAUGUUUCAGUGACACCUAAAACCCCAGACAAAAUGGGAUUCGAUGAGAUCUUCAUGAUUAACCUAAAACGGCGCCAAGACCGCCGUGACCGGAUGCUUCGCUCUCUGUAUGAGCAGGAAAUUAUGGUGAAGAUUUUUGAUGCUGUUGAUGGAAAAGCACUGAAUACUAGUCAGCUGAAAGCUAUGAAUAUAGAAGUAUUACCGGGAUAUCAAGACCCUUAUUCUGGCAGGACACUGACUCGCGGUGAGAUUGGAUGCUUCCUCAGCCACUACUACGUGUGGAAAGAGGUGGUGGAGAGAGGGCUGGAAAAUGUUUUGGUCAUUGAGGAUGACGUUCGAUUUGAGUUUCAGUUUAAACGCAAACUGAUGAAACUAAUGAAUGACAUUGAAGAGACCCAGCUGGACUGGGACUUAAUUUAUAUUGGGCGUAAGCGAAUGCAAGUGCAGCGUCCAGAGAAAGCUGUUCCUACCGUGAUGAACCUGGUGGAAGCCGAUUACUCGUACUGGACUUUGGGUUAUGCUAUCUCAAGGCAAGGUGCCCAGAAGCUCAUUGCUGCAGAACCCUUAAACAAGAUGCUUCCCGUAGAUGAAUUCCUUCCGGUUAUGUUUGACAAACAUCCGGUAGAGAAAUAUAAUGAGUAUUAUGAAUCACGAGACUUAAAGGCCUUUUCUACAGAGCCCUUACUUAUCUACCCAACACAUUACACUGGACAACCGGGAUAUGUUAGUGACACAGAGACAUCCACCAUUUGGGACAAUGAAACAGUUAUAACCGACUGGGACAGACGAUAUUCUCGUAAAUCACGACAGCAAGAUCAGAUUCACAGCGACGCACAGAAUACGGACGCGUUGCCUCCUCAGACAACAACUCUUGACACGUCAUCUCGGGAUGAACUAUGAUUAUUUAUUUCAUGUGCUGCGCACUCAUUUCUUUUGUACAGAAGUUUGUUUUUUUUUUACUGUGAAAUUUUAUACUAAAACAAAAUAAAACAGAUUUUUUUUAUGUCGGUAAACGUGCUCCAGAAAAUAUUGUAUAUUAAGUUUUUGUUUCUAACCUCAAAGAAAACUGAUUGCCGAAAUACCUUUCGUGUAGUUUAAUUAACUGAAGCUUCUUUGUUCACUUGUAGAAUGCAAUAUAAUUCUAUAUAUAUAUUAUAAAAAUAAUAUAUAUUCUCAAGAUGUGGCAAUAUUAAUGUUAGAUUUUGAUAAUUAGGGGAAAUUAUUUGAUUUUGACUUGAAAUUAUUCUGCAGUGACUUAAAAUACUAAAUAUUGUAUCUUAAUAUUACGUUAUUUGAAGAAAAAAAUUGUAUACAGUUUAUUAUUUAAAUGGGAGAUGUUUAAUCAUUUUUUCUGAAAUUCAGAUCUUGAAGUAAGGUAUGUUAAAAAGUUAAAUAUUAAAUAAAGUUAUUUUGGUUACAGAAA